AUGGACUCGGCUGGAGAAGGAACCAGCGCAACCGCGAGGAGAAAACAGGAACGCGACAAAGCGCCUGCGCAGAAGCGCCCGACGCGCUCCCAGAAACUCUCCCCAGCGGCACGUGUUAUCCGACAACUGCGGGAAACCGUCUUCCUCCAUCCCGAUACCCGGGCGACCAAGCGCCAGGUCCUUCAUCAGUCCAAAAAGUAUAUAGAAGAGCUUGAAAACACGCUGGAGAGCCUGCUGAAGAUGAGAGAAGACAAAAUACCUUGCAGUUUGGAGGACGUCAAAGAGGAAUAUCUGCAAUUUUAUUACAGUGACCUCGGAACCGUACCAAGCCUCGAAGCGAGGUCCGAGAGCGAGUCCGCCGUUUGGUUCCUUCAACACCAGUGCGAAGGGGACCUCCGGAACGAUGAGGAGGAGCUGAAACCCGAAGAGACCCUGUCUCUGGAAUGUUCGUCGCCAGAUCUGAUGGAAUUCGAGAGGUAUCUCCUCUUCUAUAAACAAACGGUGGACAUGUUGGUAGAGAGCGGAGUGGUGGCUUCGGAGCAAGUCACCCACCCUGUGGUUUCCAAAACCAUCUCGUGCCUCUGGCAGGACCUGUCCCAGGAGGGCAGAGCGGACCUGUACCAACGCUGCCGUCAGCGAGCCGACAGCAUGGCGUGCUCCCUUUCACACACCAAGGAGCCGGGCUCUGCGGAGGGCUGUAUAAGAGACAGCGGGGCAGAGAGCCAGGAAGCCAGUGGUUCUUUUGUUUCAUCUACCCCCGAGGAGAUCCUUUUUGAAGAUGCGUUUGAUAUCGCCGCCAGCUUCCUGGAGAGCGGCGCAGUACAGAAUACGUCCAGCCCUAGCUCCGCGCAUGAAAAUGCUCCUUGGGAAAGUCCAGAAGUCGAUUCCCUGCUUUAUGGGCAAAUCGUGGGUUUCCUGCGGUCUCGUUUCUGUUCUUACGCGAAGGAGGAGGCCCUGCAGUAUGAUUACGAGACCGUGCUGCUGAGAUGCACGGAGACCUUCGAUGAUGAAGACGAUUUGUGA